GUAAUUUCUGUCACCUGUGCGAAUAGUGGUACACGGAAUAUAUCUAUUGUUGCGCUUCGGGCGCAGCUGUUGGUUCAUUAGGACUUCGUCUUGUUAGUGGACGUCUUUGGCCGUGCUGGGGGUCAUUUUUUCAGCAUUCUUCGACGAUAUCAUCAUAGGCCAAUCGAUCUACACUUGUGGAUGAACUACCUGUACCGAUGUCCAGUGGACAGCUUGGCCAGCACGUUUGUGUCCAGACGUAAGUGGCCAAUAUUUUCAGAUGGUGUGUGGGUGUGACAGUAUGACGGGUACUUACUGAUGUCAAAGAGGAAGUGACAACUAGGUCAAUAUUCGUUGGUGUGUCCACUUCAGUCGCUUCUGAUGUUUACGCUGUGUAACAAUUUGACCAACUGCCGACGUCACGAACACCAGCAUGUAGAGCGGAGGAUAGUGAUGAGGUCGCGGAGCUUCUCGUGCCCCUCCUACAGCGCCGACGAUGCCUACAGCGACUUCUACUAUUACUACCCGCACAAGUUUCACAACAAUGUCUUGAACAUUGAAACACUGUCAGAAGAUGAAGAAGAAAAUAUCAUUAUAUCAGCAUCUGGAGAGGGCAUUAGCAUCAGUGUCAACCCAAACUCAAGCCGUGGCCAUUCUGACUUCACCCCCACCCCAGGAGGACCGUUCUCGGCUCUUACACCAUCGAUGUGGCCACAAGACAUCAUGGCCAGGAUUAAUCAUCCUCCUGAGGAUCCAAAUGGUCAGCUAGACUAUAGAUAUGAUGAGUUUGGCUUCAAAGUGGAAGAGGAAGAUGGACCAGAAGAAAAUUCCAGCAAGCUGUUAAGCACUCCUUUUAUUGAAGACCCGCAGCACAGGUUAAAGUGGACGGCUUAUUUGGAAUUCACACACAAUCAUGAAGUUGGAGACCUCACCUGGGACAAGGUAGAAGCAAGGUUGCCCAGAUCAGAAAAACUAAGGGGCAUGGUAAGACAAGGCAUUCCACAAUCCCUCAGGGCCCAGAUGUGGCUCAGACUAUCAGGAGCCCUGGAGAAGAAGAACAAAUCUGAUUUGUCCUAUAAGGAUGUGGUCAAAGCCAGCAGCAGUGACCACCUUAUGACCUCCAAACAGAUUGAAAAGGACCUGCUGAGAACCAUGCCAAGCAAUGCUUGCUUCUGUAACAUCAACAGUACUGGCAUUCCCAGAUUAAGGAGAAUCCUAAGAGGUCUGGCCUGGCUGUAUCCAGAUAUCGGCUAUUGCCAGGGAACUGGCGUGAUAGCUGCGUCACUGCUACUUUUUAUGGAGGAAGAGGAUACUUUCUGGAUGAUGUGUGCCAUCAUCGAGGAUCUGUUACCUGCUUCCUACUACUCCAGCACUCUGAUUGGCAUACAGGCAGAUCAAAGAGUAUUACGCCAGUUAGUGAUCAGUUACCUCCCUGACAUUGAUUUGGUUUUAAAGGAGCAUGACAUAGAAUUGUCGUUGAUUAGUCUCCACUGGUUCCUGACAUUGUUUGCCAGUGUGGUCCACAUGAAGGUCCUGCUCAGACUCUGGGAUCUAUUCUACUACGAAGGAUCUAUUGUGAUAUUUCAAAUAACCAUGGGGAUGCUGAAAUUAAAGGAGCAAGAGCUUCAAACUUUGGACAACUCUGCUCAGAUAUUUAACGCUCUGUCUGAUGUUCCCGGAGAUGUUGAAGACGUAGAUGAACUUAUUGAGGUUGCUUUUCGAGUGUCUGGUUCAUUAACUGAUGUCCAUGUGGACACACAUCGUAGAAAACAUUUGGCUUACUUAAUGGCUGACCAAGGGUCACUUGUGAACCCAGAAUCUUCCAGAAAUUUACCGAAACAGCAACUAAACAAGAGGCACCUGAGAAGGUCAAGGUCACUCAUGUCUGUGCUGUGGGGUGGCAGCAAUGAAGAGGAGGACUUUGGCAAAGCUAAAAACAUUAGACAGACAGAGCUGCUGGUAGACCUCCGUGAGGCCAUACUUCAAGUAGCCAGACAUUUUCAGAGUUUGGAUCCGAAAAACAGUAAAGUUAUCCUAACAGCUGAUUACAGCAUGGAAAGCCAUGCUAAAGAUUUGGAAAAUUAUGUGAACGUAGCAAGAAACAGACAUCGAAGAGCUAAGGCUUUGUUGGACUUUGAGAGACAUGACGAUGAUGAACUGGGUUUUAGAAGAAAUGACAUUAUCACGAUUAUCUCUCAGAGGGAUGAGCACUGCUGGAUUGGAGAACUGAAUGGUUUGAGGGGUUGGUUCCCUGCCAAGUUUGUUGAGGUUUUGGAUGAGCGAAGCAAGCAGUACACGUCGGCUGGGGACGACUCUGUGACAGAAGCAAUUACUGACCUGGUCAGAGGAACAUUGUGUCCUGCGUUGAAAGCUAUAUUUGAACAUGGACUGAAGAAAUCAACUAUUCUUGGAGGUCACUGCCAUCCUUGGCUAUUUAUCGAAGAGGCUGCCACUAAAGAAGUUGAGAAAGAUUUCCAGAGUGUCUACUCUAGGCUUGUACUGUGUAAGACUUACAGGCUGGAUGAAGAUGGCAAAGUGUUGACCCCAGAAGAAGUACUCUACAGGGCAGUCCAAGCAGUUAACAUAAGUCAUGAUGCCUGCCAUGCCCAGAUGGACGUCAAAUUCCGAUCUCUCAUAUGCUGUGGUCUCAAUGAGCAGGUGCUGCACUUGUGGCUGGAGACGUUAUGCUCCUGUAUGGACGUGAUCGAGAAAUGGUAUCACCCUUGGUCCUUCAUGAAGAGUCCCGGCUGGGUCCAGAUCAAGUGUGAACUCAGGCUACUGGCAAGUUUUGCCUUCAAUCUGUCCAUGAACUGGGAACUCCCAAAGAAAAAGUCCAAACAGAGGAGUGACCUGAAGGAUGGUGUCUGUGACAUGCUGAUACAACAUCACCUUUUUAGCUGGGACUUGAACUAGGGCCUCAAGAGAAGCAAGUGUGGAAUGCGAUCUCAAACUCUGCAAAAUGACUUCAGGCUUCAACAUGUCCUAGGAUAAGAUGCUUAGUUCAAUACUUAUGUAGAUUUGGGGCAGAGAGAAGCAACUAAGUCAUUUAGUCAGUGUGUGUAAAAGAACAUAUUUAGUCAAUUAGUCAUUUAGAUUACACUCUUUCUAUGUAAGCGCUUACAAUUACAUGCAAAGAAAUAAUUUGUGAAUCUUGACUCAAACGUUUUGUUCUACCAAAAAACUUAAUAAUUUUAUUUGCCAUAGUCAUGUAUAAAGAUAGAUUCAUUCUUUUAUUUUUUUCAAGUAAGAUUUUCUUAUUUUGUGUACAUAACUUGUAAUAUUUAUUAUUGUUAGAUUUUCAUGUAAAUAUUUCAGUUGUUACUGAAUAAAAUUGAGUCAAUUUCCUACUCUUCUCAGUAAGGUAAUUCCCUCCUAGUUAAGUUUAUGUUAUCAUCUGUCUGUGUUUCUAUAUCGAGACACCGAGUUCAAGAUUGUUUGCAGAGACUUAGUCAAGUGGUCAUGAGAAUGUCUUGGGAGAGUGCUUGUGAUUGGUUUCAGGUUAAGACGUUCCCUGUGCUGAUGUAGCCUUUCGGUCACAAUGGAAGGGAUUGUAAAGUUGAUGUGGUACAUCUCUUGUUUAAGGAAUCUAGUUCUAGUAUCAAUGCUUCAACACCUCAUGCUCCAAGUCUGUGUGAUUCCUAUCGUUUAUAUAGAGUAGAGUGAAAGUGUUUUAGUGGACAAUCCUUUCAUAGAGAGGAUCUAGAUGUGGACAUGGUGCAUAGCUGGUGCUUUCUUAUGGACUGUUUACUUUUUUGGUGCUAAUUUAUGUAUCAUAGAUUUUAUACUUUAUUUAGAUUGGUGCUUUCUUUUUUUUUUUACUAUCACUUGGAUUGGGCUGAUUUUGUUCUUUACUUUUAUUUCCUUUUUAUUUUGAUUUUGUGUGUGUGUGUGCAUGAUAUCUGUAAUAACCCAUGUUGAUCAAGAUCUAGUACUAGUACUCUUUGCUUGUUUUAUUCUAAAAUAAUUUUUCACUCUUGUGGUUUCCCCUGACAUAAUUAAAAAGUUUGCAUUGACUGCUGCCUGUGACAUUAUUUAUCAUUGUCAUGCAUCUUGUUACUUCAGUGAAACUCAAAAUGUAAACUGGAAUCUGAUGAAAGUUUCAUCAAUUGGGUUUGCCAAAAAAAAACAAAAAAAACACACCUAUAAAUUCUGCAAAUUUAUGUCAAAAUGUGAUCAGUGAAUUGGGUUCUUGGUAAAUAAGGUAGCUCAUCUCUUUCUGUGAAGUCACUCACUAUCUGAUUCUGUCAGGUCACUCAUUUAGGAGGUCACUUAUCUAAUUUUGAAAGGUCAAAUGUAAUUCUGGGAGGUCAUUCUUCUUAUUCUGUAAGAUUGCUAUCUAAUUCUGUAAGGUCUCUCAUCUAAUUCUGUGAGGUCACUAUCUAAUUCUUCGAAAAUGUGAUUUUAAUGUCACUCGCUGGCCUUGCUAAAGAGAAACCAGUUAGUUGGACAUGUGCUUCAACUAAACAUCCCGUGCUGACCUCAGCUAAAAAUUAAAAUAUAACAGUAACAUGCUGAAGGGCACAUAAGUAUGUCAUACUUUCAAACUGUCUGCACUGACUAGGACAUAGGUGAGAGUAUUGCCAAAAUGAUUUGAGUGGUUUGAGGUAAGCUGAAUGUCUUUGUCUCCUAGAUGCAUUUUAGUUUUUUUAUCUGCAAAUUGACAUAAUUGAUUAAUUUUUUUGACAUUCCAUUUUUUUUUUUAUUACAAAUUAAAUACAUUUGAUCUCACAUCUUUCUUUCUAGUUUUUAUGAUGACCUAUUUUUAGUCUUUACAUAAAACUAAUUCCUUACAACCUUUAAAAACAGCUUGUUGAGUCUUUCCUUGGUUUGGGUAACAGUUUUUAAUCUUCUGGGAUUAUUUUAUUACUUUGUUGAAAUUCUAUUUGUUGUGACAAAAUCUGUUUUUGUAAAUAUAUUAACUGUUAACAUAUAAAUGAAUCUUUUAUUAUUUAUUAUUUGCUGUUUUUGGAAAUGUUACAAUUAUGCAUAAUUUUGCUAACUUUAUCUAAAACAUUUUUUUUUUUAAUAAAAAAAAAAAAAAAAAAAAAAAGCACAAAAAAAACGUACCGUAAUUGUGCUAUUGAAGAGCGAUUUACUGUUGCUCUACUUCUAUAAUUAUAGUAAUAAUGAUAAUAAUCUCUAAUAAUAUCUAUGAUCAUUAUUUUAAUCAUGUAAUCAUACAUUUUGUCCAUAUUUUAUGUAAAACCAUCUGUCUACCUUGGUGUCUUCCCCUUUGAUGUUCUAUGUUACCUUUGACGUCUUCAUGUGUUAGAUUUUCUUUUUUUUUCAUUUCGAUGCUUUUAGUUUUGUUCCUAAAACUUUUUAUCUCCCAUCUUCAAUUGCACUUUAGCUUGAAUAAACUUUUUAGUCUGUAUAAUUUGUUUCAUGUCUAAAAAUUCCAGUUUUUAAAGUACAUAUCUGUACAAAAUGAUUCAAGUUACUCUAUUAUUGUGUUCAAGACUAUGCUCAUCAAAACAGAAGCAAUCCCAUAAUGCAAAAGUGUUAUGCUCAGUAUUUUACUUCUUUUAAAAGUAAUUAGGAUUUCACAAUAAUGAUUUUAUUAUUGUACACAAGGGAGUUAAUGUGCCUUGAUUAUAUUGGAUGACAUUACUAUUUGAGCUGUAUAUUUUGGCUUUUGUUUUAGAAUAAUUAAUGCGGAGUGAUUAUUUCUUUAACAAAAUAUUUUGUUGUUGUUCUUAGAAGCAUAUGUUCCAUCCAUUAAUAAAUUCAUUUUGUUUUCAGUUGACUUUCCAUAAAUAGUAAUUCAAUUUUGUUCUAACAUACUCUUGAUUUAAAAGUCUGCAUCAGUAUUUAUAAGCCAUAAUUAGUAAAUUUAUUUUUCAAAUUAAUUUUAGACAAAUAUUUUGUAACCCUGUCAUCUGUCAGUGCAUUUAACAUUUUUCCUCAAAGUUUAUUAAAAUUAACUUUAAGUAUGGCUUCUGUUUAUAACACUACUGCGUUUAAAACUUUUUUUCUUUUUUAACGUUUCCAUAUUGCUAAACCUUCUUGGAUGUUGCAGGCUACUAAGCCAGUUUUCCUUCAGUCUGUCACGCGACUGGGAACUCCCCAAGCAGAUGGACUCAUUCCGGCCCUUCAAGGAGGGAGUCAAGGACAUGCUGGUCAAGCAUCACCUCUUCAGCUGGGACUUGUGAUCUACCAGGGGCUUGAAAUAAGAUGGAGGGGCCCCAUCAUCUUUUGUCCUUUUCAAAAUUGUGUCCCCUGAAUUAGGGUUAUGAUAGAACCAAUAGUUAGGUGAAAUACGAAUAUUAACAUUAUUCCUAAAAUUGUUCUAACAUUUUAUUGCUUUGGGGGUUAAAAAAAAUUAUUAUUUUCUGAACAAGAUACAAGUAUAAAAACUUGGAUUUUAUUGUAACAACUCACAGUUGAGCUGCUAUGACAUAUGAAGAUCUUAAACUAAAAUAUAGUAUUUGACAAAAAUAUAAACUUACUAAACAAAUAAGUGUGUUAGUGUAAAUAUAUAGGUGAAUUGUUCUUAGAUUUCAUUUUUGUUGGUUUAUUGUUUUCAAACAUAGAUCAUCUUUAUUUGUUUUGGACAUUGCUCAAAUGUUUCAAUAUUGUAGAUGGUUUCAUUAUUUUAAAAUCAUUUCUAUUCAUUUGUUUUUGUUAAUUUUUAUUUGGUUGUUACUUUAAGAUAAGACAACAACGUAUGUCUUUCAAAGCUCUAGUCAAUUUUAUGUUAGAUCUAUUAAUAGAUGAAAAGAAUUGAAUACUUUUUCUAAAAUACUUCUUUUGUAACAGUGUUGUUUUUUUUGAGUGAUCUUAUUUAUCACAGUACACGUUUUUUUUUCCACCACGUCAUUUGCGCAGAAUAUUUUUAGAAAAUGUAUUUUUACACUAUGUACACUUAUAGGGGCCACAAAUGUUGCAAAGAGUGGAUUUUAAAUCUAGCACUUACUUGUUUUAACAUCAAGUUGGACCAUUCUUUUUGUUUUAGUUGUUGACCUUAUCCAAACCACAAUUACAUUUAUUGAUAUAGUGUCUGUAAAGAUUUGUUCUAUAUUUAUGGAGUGGUCUGGUGCAAUCAUUUUUCUGUUUGUGAAGAUUUGUUUUAAUAUUUAUGGUGUGGUGUCUCACAGCAUUAUAGAUAACUUUUUAUUUGUAAGUAACAAACUCAUGAAGAUUUAUUUAUUGCGCACCAACAAAAGAAACUGGAACUGCAAAUGUGUACAUAUAAUACUUUUUGGUCACUCCAAGAAAUGUGCUCACAUAACUUUGAUGUCUUAACAUGAUGUUAUUUUCCUUGUUGGUUUCUUAGUUUUAAUGUCAGCAAAGUGGAAAUCAUGUUAUCAAUCAAGUCACACUUGAAAAAUUACAAAGCGUGUUUAUUGGAAUCUAAAACCUUAAAAGAUAGUCCACCCAUAAACUCUGUUUUGUGCUAAAAAAAAUAUAUAUAUGUACACAUGUACGUUUUUGUUGGUUUAUUUGUAUUAUGCACAUAACUAAUUAUUUGAAAAUACUUGUUGACAACAAGUCUCAUAUAUAGUAGACAUGUGGUUUCUUUGUGACACUCAAACUUUAUUUUAAGUUUUGUGAUCAUUAAUGUGGUGUACAAUAUAAUGAAUCAGACAUUUUUGUAUUAUUUCACUUUCAACUCACAACUUUUUUUUUUUAGGUAGACAACUUGAUCAGUCAGCCAUUUCUGUCUGGUUUGAGUAAAAACAAAUGCAUACACAUCAUUUGUCUUUAUGUACCAAGAUUUUUGGAUUUGUCUGUAACUGUUACUUGAAUAUAUUUUCCAUACUUUUAUUUAGACCCCCGUCCCCAGUCCUGUUACCUUUGGUUUGAGUUACAUUCAUAGACAAUCUGUAGAUAGACGUUAUUGGAAGACCCAUAUAAACCUUGAUGUCUGCUGCCCUGCCAGGUUUUUGAGUUGAACAAGUUUUGUUAGCCAAAAUUGGAAGAGUUGCAACACUCCAUGAAAAUAAAAACUAAAAAAAAAAAAACAACUUUUGCUUUCAUUCCCAACAGCGCCCCCUACCCCUCUCGAAACCACUUGAAA